CCGUCUUUCAGACACCAUGAGUAAGUCCAGCACGCUCAAAGUCCGGAGUUUGUUUAAGUUGAAAUCACCUGAGAAGGAAAACAAAGAGCUGAAACGCUCGGGGUCCCUUCAAGAUGCAGCUGCAACCAGCCCCGGAGACAAGUCGGGGACGUUACCGGCGAGCCCCGGUCCUUUCAGCCCGGGAGACAGCGCCGCAUUGCCCGAUGAUGUUUUACCCGUUUCCCCGAAAGAAAAGAAGGGAAGGCGGCUGCUGCCAUUCAAGCUGAAACGGAAGAAAUCCAAGCGCAAAGCAGGAGGAGGAGAGGUGUUCUUCCCUGAGACCGAUGAACUGGACAGCUACAGCAGCCGAGUGAGCUACGACCAGAUGAGUGUUUCCACAGAAUGUAGUUUCCGGACUGAGUCGGACUGGGACCCUCAUUCUGAGUCCACCUCCAUGAUCAGCUUCGACAUGACUCAGCCAGGCAGCCCUACUUCACCCUCCAAAUUCUUCAAGAAUUUGGAGGAGAAGAGGGGAAUGUUUGAUCGCCUCAGCAGCUUCUUCAACUCCAAGAGAAAGAAGAGCGGUAGUAGGCAGCGCUCAGACACCUCCGCCGAUGCAGGUUCCCCAGCGUCGCCCUCGUCUCCGCGUUCACCCCAGCCUGAACAGGAGGAUGGGCUAAAGACUCCAACUCCUUCUCGAAAAGACAGUGAGCUAGCAGGGCCGCGUGAUGAACAGGGCAAACCAGGUGACACCCUCAGCCAAAGCUCCAGUCCCAGCGCCUCGAGCAUAGUUUCUGAGUUCACAAACGAAGCAGAGCUCCCAUUCGCAGACAAUAGCAGCAGUGGUCAAAGCAGUGUGAGGGAAGUGAGUGUGUGCCGGGUGAGCACAGCCGGCAGUGAAAGGAAUUCUGGGAAUGUGACUCCCACCACUCUGGACCCUGCUACUACCACUCACCCAGGUGCAGACUCGAGCUCAGAUGUAGGCUUUGCAGAGUCGGUGGUGGAGGAAGUAAGCAAGAGGCUGCACGUUCAUUUAGAUGAAAGCAUCCUGAAAAAUGCAGAGGGCUCCAGCACAGUUAGCCCGACCGCGCUGUCAUUUAAAAUCCCCCUAUCCACGACAGCUGAGGCUCCAAAGUCGCCUAACUUAACUUCUAUAAGCUUAGCGUCAAAGAAAUCCUCGGUGAAAGUUGGAGAGAAGGGACACAGCACUUCCCUAACAGGAAUAACAUUACGCCCUCAGUCUUCCACCUCACACCUCAACACGACUCAACAGGAAUAUGAAAACUCAGGAGCCAAAAGGAGGGCUCAGAUAUUCUCUGGGGAAACUAUAGCCGCAUGGAGCCCUUCACCCGAGACAGAGGAAGUACCCCGAGGUGAUUCUCCUGUCCAACUCCACAAAGCCAUAUGGGUGGAAACACACCUGGGAGAGGAGGAGGUAGGGGAGAGGGAGGGGGAGAAAGAGAAGGAUACAAUGAAAGAAUGGGAGGAGGGUUUCAGAGCAGACUCGCCUCCCGUGUUGGCUAUACCUGUCACAGUGAUUCCUGAGGACGACUCCGUCACUCAGGGCACAGCAGAUAGCCCCUCCACCUCCUCAGAGACUUUGCCGCCCAGCGGCAGCUUGCCAGAGUCAGCCAUCUCCCUGGCACUGACUACAGGGGAGUUCCAGACAAUCUUGCUGCAGCCAGAGGAGCCUGACACUGGCACAGACUCAAAGCAGAGUUCCCUUCAGGAGAGACGCAGACCAAGAGAAACUCGUGUUACGCGCAAGACUGUGAAUCUGCCUUCGAAGCACAAGGUUUUUGCCCAUCAGGUGUAUGUUAGCCCAGAGCCAAGUUUGGACGGGGACGAACCGACAGGAGAGGAGCACAGCAGAGAUUCAGCUUCUGAGGUUUCAGAUACAACGGAAGUGAAACAACUGCCAAACCUCCAAAAUGACAACAAUGCAGAAUUCAAGGAAGCCAACCUUGAGACAUUCACAACAGCUGAGACUACGCUCCCUGACUCAAAUACUCCUGAACUUCUAGUUAAAGAAAAAACAGACUCUCCGGUCUCUGAUUUUGAUGAUACCUCUGCACCCUCAGACAUGUACAAAGCAAAGUCACAAGCGUCAGGGUCUGGGGUAAGAAGCCAAGAGACCAGCCAGGCUGUACCCUCUAAGCGAGGGCUGAAAGCAGCAGUGGAAAGUCAGCAUACCACUGCAAGUGGAGCAAAGAUCCCAUCCUCUGCAGCUGGAAGCAAGGCCAAAAAUGUCACAACAAAGGCAAAAGGCACAACAGAGGGCACGAAAGUGGGAACUCUGGGUGAUAUUCCACUACAGAGGGAACAUAGUAAUGAGAAAACAGUUUCUGUGUCACCAGCAUUCAAGGACCAGAGCACCAGCAGUUCCUCGAAUGCAACAAGUUCAAAGUCUAAAAUCCCCAAAAGGUCAACAUCAGAUGCUGAUGUGAAAUCACCAGUGACAGCAGAUAAAACAUCAGUGACUGAAGCUUCAGGGGUCACUUCCAAACUGCAAAAGCAACCUAGAACCAAAGAAUCUUUGAAAUCUCCCGUCACUACUACCAAAGCUGGCAGGAAACCAAGUUUUGAGGAAGCUAAGGGAGGGAAAUCUGUGUCAGGAGACAUUUCUCCCACAAAACACACAUACAAGACAGGAAUAAAGCUUAUGAAAGAAAAGUCAGAUGAGGACACUGGCUCUGUAAACCUGGUAAAUGGCAUGGAGAAAGAUCACAGGGAGAGCAGUGUUAAAACAGGACACCAACCUGACAGGGAAAGUCUGGAUGUUAAAAAACAGCCUCGGAACAAUGUGGAGAGUGAUGCCUCCUCGGCAUCAAAGACUCGGUUGCCCAUUUCAUCUCCAACAAGAAAGAAGAAUGACAGUAUAACACAAGCCAGUGGCACCAGCUAUAAAAAAGUUUCAUCUGGUCAGACGGACUCAGACAGACCCAGAAAGAGUUCAGACCAGCAAGAAGUACCUCCUGGAAAGAGACAUGGUACUGACAUACCUUUGCCGCUCCCUGAAAGUCCCAAGAAAGGGAGUAUGCUGUCAACAAGACCAUCCAGACACCUAUCUAAUAAAAGCAUUAGCCACGAAGAGAAUGAUACCCCUACCUCGCCUGUCUCUCCACCUCCCGCCAAGCAAAAGAAAACUGUCUCAUCGAGCGUCUCCAAACAGAGCGAAAACAACACACAACGCCAAAAGAGUCCAGUAAAGGAUUCACCUGAUCCUAUAUCAUCUGUGAGCAAGCUUCCUACACGGGGUCAGAGGAGCUCCAACAAAUUAAAAUCCAGGAAACCUCAACAUUCUCCAACUGAGAAUUCUGCAAGCACAUCUACAUCCAAACAGGACUCCAGUCAGGACACUGACACAGAGACAGCUGUCAAAGCAUCUGACAGUAUUGUAGCAGAUCAAGUGAAGGAUGGUGCCAGCGACGACAGAUGUGAAUUCGAGUCUGUGUCUACAGAAGAAGAAGAACACAUUAUAAAUCUCACAGACAAACAGUCCAGUACCAGUGAAAUCAAACCGGAUGGAACAGAGACAAACGAAUCAGAGAGCGUAACCAGUCCUGCAACUGAAGCAAUUUCAAAAAUCCAGCCAACACAAAACAAUGAUGUUAUUAUCACAGCAGACUCUGAGGUAGAAGGUACACCAGCAGCAGACACAGUAUCUAAGUUAUUGCCAAGCAGUGAGGCUGAGUCUUCACCUGAAAAUGUAUCUCACAUACAAAGUGAUAACACCACACAGGAACAGCAAACACCGCCAUUACUAGAAAAGUCUUCAGAGGACAUUUUAAACACAGCCCAGAUAAUAAGUAACGUAGAACUGGAUUUAAUCCAGGAGGAAGGGCCAGAUCCUGCAGUUUUGGCUCAGGACACAAUACCAGCUCAUGAGGAUGUAACUGAUAUAUCCGCCAAACCUGUUGUGGGUGACAGCUUGCACCGUGACAUAAAGACCAACUCUGAUGAGGAAGGUAAUGUUUACCUUAACGCAACCACCGAUGUCGCUUCAAAAGAAGAGGCAACCAUGAAUCAUCUUCCUGCUAACCUGGCCUCAAAACACCAAGAUGCUGAGCCAAAAGCUGUACUUUCAGCCACUUCCUCUGUUUCAGCUGACUCUGAUCUGGCUGAUAGAGAGCAGCAAAAGGAAAAUGAGUUAUUUAAGGAUCAAAUCACAAAUAUAAUUCUUGGAAAUGAUAGAUUGCCCUCCACAUCAGGCAUAGAUUCAGAGAAAAAUGUUGAGGUGGAGCAAAGUAGUGACAGUAGAGAGGAGGUUGGCAGGAAACCAUCAGAGGCUUUGGACAUUCAAACAGAGGCUGUGACUGUUUGUGAAUUGCCAGAGAAUGUUGAAAAUGAGCCGGACAAAGAGCCUCUUUUAGUGGCAGGAGAAUCUGAAAGACAGGAGAAAGACUCAAAACCAAAUGAAAAGCUGAAUGACGCAGCAGUGGAAAGCACUGACUCACAGGGCAGUUGCAAAGAGGAGCUCAAGGGCAUAACCAAAGAGGAAGAAGCAGAGAAAGACAUUAUAAAACCAGAGAAACCAUAUGAUCUAUCAUCAGAGGAGAAAUGUUUACAGCCUGACUCACAGGAGGGACCACAGACGGUGGUUACAGAUGCCCAGGAAGACAAGAGGACAGAGGCUGAGCAAGCAAGAAGUGUACUUCAUGAAACUACACCCAGUGUGGUCGAUGCAAAACAUGAAUGUGAGAUCCUUUUGAAAGAAAAUGCAGAGAGUGGCAGUGAGGAAACACAGCGGGCAGAGCAGCAGAUGAUGGCAUCAGCAGUGAAAAAUGAACAGGAGCCCAAACUGCUAACCAAAGAUGAGGCCAAGAACAACAACACAAAUGAGGAGGACAAACCUGCUGAUGAUGUAAAGGAAAACCAAACUCCAGAAAUAAAAGCCAUAAGCACUAAAAUGCAGAGUGCUGGAGAUAAAGAAGAGAAGAGUUUACCAAAGAAGAUUUCAGAUGAUACAGCUGCAUCUGAAGUUAUCAACCAAGAGGACAAGAAGGACUUAAGUGCUGGAGAACAAGAUGAAGACAUUACAAAAAGAGAGGAAAAUGCUGAGAGAUCAGCAGAGUCCGAAUGUCUAAAUGAACCGAAACCUGAGGCACAAAAAGCUCCAGAGAAGAAAACAACAGAAAGCCAUAUUUUCCAAAUGAAUACUGCUCAGGAACUAUUAACAGAAAGCACUGAAGCUCAGUGUGCUAAAGGCACUGAAGAAAAACUGGAAACAAAGAAUUCAUCGAUAAAGAGUUUGGAGAAUGAGAUUGCAGUAGUAAAUGCCAACAGUGAAGUUAGCACCCAACAAGACCAGAGGCACAUAAUUGUUGGAGACGAGGAGGACAUAACAAAACCAGAUAAAAACAAAUUGACAGAAUCCAAAUGUCCAAACUAUCAGUUAGAUCAGGAACCAGAGAGCAUAAAAACUGAAGUUCAAGAGAACACAACGGAGAGCCAAGACAUAGAUACACCUCAAGAACUCAACUCUGUAAGCACUAGUACUGAAGGUACCAAAGAUAAGACUGAAACCAAGGAUUCAUCAGUAAAGAGUUUGAAUGAGACACCGAUUGUGAAUGCUAGUAGCGAAGUCAGCAACCAAGAGGUCCAGAAGACCAUAAUUGUUAGAGACCAAGAUGGGGAUAUUACGAAGCUAGAGGACAACAAGUUGACAGAGUCCAAAUGUCCAAACACUGACCUGGAGACAGGAAAAGCAGAGAAGGCAUCAGAAAGCCAAAUUCAAGAACGGAACAUUGAAAGCACCAAAACUCAGAGUGCUGAGGGAGUGAAAGAAAAGACUGAAACAAAGGAUUCACCAGUAAAGAGUCUGGUGAAUGAGAGUGUCAUUGUGAAUGUUAACUCUGAAGUUAGCACCCAAAGAGACCAGAAGCCCUCAACUGUCGGAGAUGAGCAUGUGGAGACUAAGAAACCAGAGAAAACCGCUGAUCAAUCCACAAGUUCCAAAGCUGCAGAUGGAAACCAAGAACUGAAACCGAAGACUAUAACAGAGGAAGAGACAACAGGAGAUAACAAAUCACCUGAAAAAUCAAGUGUUUCCACAACUGCAAAAGUAGUUAGUGAAAGUGAUAAGACACAGAAAAGCCUCAUUAAAGAAUAUGUUCAAGAUGAGAGUGAAGUGACAGAGCAGAAGGAUCAGCAGAUAAAUGCAUCAAAGACAGAUGUCAAGCAAGCGUCAGAACCUGUUUUCGUACAAGAUGCAUCUAGCAAGAAAGUUAGCGGAGAACAAAAGGACAAGUCCAGUGUAAUUUUAGAGAAAAUACCUAUUAGUACUGAUGCUCAGAAGAAUGAUGAAGACAUUAAAGAAAAAAUAAAAACGGAUAGCGGUUUGACACAGGAAGUGCAGACUUUAAGAGAGGAGAACGUCCUAAACCUCAGUGAGCCACAAAAACCUACAAAGCCAUCGCUCAAGGGCAGUUCACUUCUUCCUGCUACAGCAAAACCAUCUACCCAAUCUCAAAGUCUUCAGCUAAACAAGGAAUCUCCAUCUAGCUGGCUGGAUGUGGAACAACGUCCAAAGCAGAAGAAGGAACACAAAAAAAGACUAGAUGCGUCAGCCAGUGAGGAUGAAUCUCUCGAGCCUGAUGACUUUGAUGAGUUUAUCAGCAGCAUUAAGAAGUGUGGGAUUUCUUUCUCACUACCUCCAAAGAAGCACAUUCGGAAAAAGUCCCCAUCUCCGCCCUUUGCCAUGCCGGCCAUCAAGGAAGACCAUUUUGAGAAAACGUUUGACCCUGAUGAAUUCAAGUUUGGUUUAAGGAAAAAUGGCAGAAGUUUUAGGGACCCUUCACCAGCUAUGGUGAUAAAACAAAAAGCAGCCAAUAGGGAAGGACGGACCCUGGAAAAACGUGCACAGGACAAUGCCAUGUCCACAUCUGGAGACAAAAAGAAAUCACUGGAUGAGGUGGAAGGAAACGAUGGAGUCAAAGAGGGGACCAAAGUUGAAGCAAGAAAACAAGAGGGACAAAGCAAUGGAGGGGAACCUGGGAAGCUGACGUCAAGACUUGAAAGGAUGUCCAUCCUUUCCAGCCUGCUGAGUUCCUCCAGGAAAACCAAAGAGGAAACUGCCUCUGCCUCAAAUAGUUCAUUGUCGGCUAACCAACAACAAGACCUGCCCUCUGUUGGAAAGCAGGGUGUUGUUGAUUCACCUCAGCCUGGCGUCGGAGCAGAUAAGGAGGGCGUGAAAAGCAUAGCUCAAGGCCCAGUUGUGGGUGGUGGUAUAGGUACAGUUAGUGAGUCAGCACUCAGCUCCUCCUCUCUUCCUCCUCUGCCCACGUUCUCAGAGAUAAAGCUGCCCGAUCAUUUAGAGAAAUACCUCAAGAAGAACAAAAGAGAAUCUGAGGCCUCCCAGGUCUCUACACACACGACUAAAACCGAAACAAAUCCUAAGGGGAAUACUGUUAUGGACCACGCCUCGAGAGCAGGAGUACCUAAUGUGGAUGAGGGCCUGAAGGGCCCUGCUGCACUGCCUCCAACCACCACCUACAACCAACAGAAAUCUCAAAAUGGGCUUUCUACUACUAAAACAAAGAUACCUGCUGUUAGAGGUUUCCACAAAAGGCCUGGAAAGAUAGUCAUAUAUGAGCAUGCUCAGUUUGGAGGGGAAGCGUUGGAGUUGUACUCGGAUGUAGAAGAUGCCACCACGAUGAAGCUGUCCCCUGUCAUCUCAGUCAGAGUCAUCAGAGGGUGCUGGCUUCUCUAUGAAAAACCUGGCUACCAGGGGCGUAUAAUAGCCCUUGAGGAAGGUCCUACAGAGCACAUAGUGAAUAUAUGGGCAGAUGAGGAAACUCCAACAGCACUGGACCAGACUAGUCAGCCUGUUUCCACAGCACCUAUGGUCAUAGGUUCUCUCCGACUGGCAGUUAGAGAUUAUAGCAUACCCCGGAUCGACCUGUUUGCAGAGGUCAAUGGGCUGGGGAGGGUGUCAUCUUACUGUGACGACACUGUGGAGAUCGGCUCCUAUGGGAUCCCACAGACCACUGGCUCCAUUAAGGUCCAUUCUGGAGUCUGGCUGGUGUACACUGAUCCAGGCUUUGCAGGUUUUGUGGGAGUGCUGGAGGUGGGAGAGUAUCCCUGCCCAGAGACCUGGGGUUUCUCUGAGCCCUUCAUCGGGUCUCUCAGACCCCUCCGAAUGGGAGCGAUAAGGGUGGAGAAUCCUCAUGAAGUCAAGGCCUUAGUGUUUGAGAAGCCUAACUUUGAAGGAGAGCACAUAGAGGUGGACAGUGAUGUGUACAAUUUGCACACAAGAGAACAGGAAGAGAAGGAAACAGACGAGGAUGAGAAGACACUGCCUACUGUGGGGUCUAUAAAGAUACUUGGUGGUCUCUGGGUGGGUUAUCUAGAGGCAGACUUUGAGGGCCAGCAGUACAUCCUGGAGGAGGGGGAGUAUCCUCACUGCAGCGACUGGGGAGGAUCUGAAGAUGGGCUCCUGUCACUUCGGCCUGUGUGCACAGAUUCCCUGUCUCCACAUGUUAAACUGUUCGGCGAGCGGAACUUUGACGAGCGGGGCUUCAACGUGGACCUGCUGGGUCCCGUCGUCAACAUGGAUGAUGUCGGCCAUAGUAUUAAAACCCAGUCUGUUAACGUCAUGGGUGGAGUAUGGGUGGCAUUCGAACAGCCUGGAUUCAGUGGAGAGCUUUAUGUUCUGGAGAAAGGCCUGUAUGCGAGCCCGGAGGACUGGGGGGCCCAGAGCUUCAAGAUCUCAUCCAUACAGCCGGUUUUCCAUGACAUGAUGAUCGGAUCAACAAAAUUCAAGGUGCAGCUGUACUCUGAGCCAGACUUCCAGGGACGGCUGGUGGCUCUGGAGGACAGCACAGCAGCUCUGGAUGAGGACUUCAUGCCCAGGUCCUGUAAGGUGCUGGCUGGCAGCUGGGUGGCAUAUGAGGGAGCCCAGUUCACAGAGAACAUGUAUGUGCUGGAGGAGGGAGAGUACCCCAACACAGCGGCCAUGGGCUUCCUGUCCUCAGACUCUACCAUCCGCUCCAUACACACCACCGGACACGUGUUCUCUCUGCCCUCCAUCAUCUUGUUCAGUAAGGUUGGCUGUAGAGGUCGCAGGGUGGUGUUGAACGGUGGAGCUGUGAACCUGCUGCAGGCCGGCCUGGAUGCACACAUACGCUCUCUGGUGGUGGAGGGAGGAAUGUGGGUGUUGUACGAAGGCAGUAACUACCGUGGUCGACAGCUGUUUCUUCAGCCAGGUGAAGUGGCUGAUUUGUGCAAGUUGAGCGGCUGGCAGCAGAUCGGAUCCCUGCGCCCAUUACUCCAGAAACAGAUGUACUUCUGCCUGCGGAACAGGGAGACAGGAUGCAUGAUGUCCCUGACAGGACCUUUGGAUGACAUCAAGCUGAUGAGGGUUCAGGCUGUGGAGGAGACAGGAGGAGAAGAGCAGGUGUGGCUCUAUCAGGAUGGACAGCUUUCCUGCAAGCUGGUGGAGGACUGUUGCCUGGAGACUUCGGGCAGUGUGGUGAUGGCGGGCAGUCGACUUUGUAUUUCCCCGGAGCGAGGGAAGGGCAACCAGCUGUGGAACGUCACCCCAGAUGGCCUGGUGCGCUGCCACCUCACACCUGAUCUGGUCCUGGAGGUCAAAGGCGGUCAGCAGUAUGACAAGAACCAGGUCAUCCUCAACACAUUCAAUGAGAGAAAAAUGAACCAAAGGUGGACCUUGGAGAUCCUGUGAGGAGAGAAGCUCUGCUGUGGCCCUCACAGCUCUCUGCUGCAGCUCUGGACAGGAGGCACUGAGCCCUGUGAUGCAGCUGCACCAUGUAACCCACAUCAGACCCACACCCCACACCUCACCAGGGAUGAGCUCUGCAGGGGGUAGGGGGGUCUGUAGGGUUUUGACUCGUGUUUGCUCUUGUUAAAGAGGGCUGGAUCCAUACUCUAAUCAUCAACCAAACUUUAUAAAACAUGCACAGCAGUCGAUGGCCUCGUUUCCUCUUCUUCAGAAUGAUUGCAUAAAGUGUUAAGUGUUUCUAGUUUUAACCACUUGAUUUCGAACACUGCAUCAAAGACUCCAUGCCCUCUCUAUGUUUUGACUGCAUGUAGUGAAAACUCAGCCCUGUUUCAAUGCUGCACACCUCUCUCUCGACUUAAUGGUACUUUUCUACUGCGUAGUUUGUUUUCUGUCUGUUUUCUUACUGUUGACAAAUGUGAAUGUAUACUUACACAGAUGGUUUCAGUAUGAAGUCUCACGUGCCUACACUCCAAAGAUGUAUAUAGAUAUUUCCUGUUGUAAUUACCGUAGAUCAGAGAUGAUCCAUUGUAAAGUUUUGAUAUCUUUUUAGGACUUUAUAGGUUUUUACACCUUUACUCAAACUCUACUUUACUGCAAGUAGGUUGUACAUAAGCAUGAGCUGUAUAGAUAUUAGUUUAAAAUUCAGUGCAGAACUACAAUAUUAAUGAUGCUGCCCACUGUUUACUGUAAAUAUGUGAAGGUAAAAGAGGAAACUGUUACACAAAAAAGUGAUUUUCUUUGCAGCAUGUUUUUUUUAGAACAAUGAACAGUGUUUUUCUUUAGGUUUUAAAUUCUUUUUGCUGUGAAACUCAGAGAUAGUUUGUUACUGUAGCUGUGAUCACAGUCCAGUUCAGUCUUCACUGGAUUAGAUCCAGUGCAUAGAAACAGGCCAAUAUAUAUACGUUUGGAUUAUAUAUUUAUGUUUGGACUAUUCACACAAAGUAAGACGAUGACCUACCACAUUGUAAAAUUAAGGAAACAUUUUAAAAAUCAAAAGCAGAAUAAACAGAGGAACUUACUCCCAUUUCUAGUCUCCAUCUGAAAUACACUAAUAAAUAAAAUAACAGUUUAAUACAGUAGAAUACAUUGCACAACAUCACAAACUGCUGCCUCAGCACUACCAUAGCUUUAACAACAUCAUAAACAGUUCUUUUGUCAGGACUGUUUGUAAUCAUCUUAUUUUGUUGGUGUCCCUGUGUUUAGAGCCUUAAUUUCACUGAGAUGAUUCGCAGUUGUACAAACACGUGCACUACGGAGGACAAACUGGAACCUGUCUAGCUUGUUCUAAAAUGUCGUUGACAUUCGCUGGAGGUUAUCGAGUCCAUCAUUAACUGUCCACGCAUGUACUGUGUGAGAGAGUAUCCUCUUAAGGCCACUCUCUCCUACAGCACACACCGUCUUGACCAUGCUUCUCCUUUACCAGUUACCACUGUGCUAGUUCUUGUGUGUGCAUUGAAUUGUAUGGACAGUUAUUGUUUUAAAGCCUCAGUGAUACAGAUUAAUAAUUAAACAUAUAAUUAACUAUUAAAUUAGGUGUUAUUAUAAAUUCAGCUGCUCAGUGGUUUAUAAACGUAUAAAACUUUGAAUACAAGAGUAUUUCUACACUAUCUGAGCAGCUCUUCCAUCACAGCUUAUUCUGAACUAAAUAUAAGAACACACAGCAACAUAUCUGUCAUACUGGAGCUGAAUCACUUUAACUGUCAUGUCAUUUUGCUUUGCUAACUGAAAAUUGAAAGUCAUGUCACUUGUUCUACACUUAACAUGGCCUCCGAUAAAUUCUGUUUUAUGUUCUUACUUCCUCCUUUUAAUACUGUAUAAUAUUUGAUGAGUAUAUAAUAUACUCAUCAAACCAUUCAGUGGCCCCUCAUGUACUAUGGAUGGAAGCAUUGUUAUCCUGUUUCUCCACUAAUUUUUCAGGUUUUAUUUUGUCACCUGUCUGUAUACACACACACACACACAAAUACAGGUGAUUGCUAAACUAAGUUAGAAGGAGUCAAGUUUAGAAAACCAAGCGCAUGAACUUUUCAGCAUAGUCCCCCCCCCUACAUUUACACAGUCCAGCUGUUGUGGAGCAUACAGCUCUCCUCUUUGUAGAAGUCGACGUCCAGAACGUUGUCAAAAUGGUGCUGAGCACUGAGCUUCUUCUUCUUCUUGGGGAAGAGGUAGUAGUCUGAAGUACCACAUUAGAUGAAAUCAGGCCGAGGACCUACUUACAGUAAAAAGCCCUUUAGACUGAGACCGCACAAAGGCUCCAUUUUCUCAGACUGUGGUGACUGGCAAUUUUCAGUUAACAGAACCAAAAAAACCCACAAAACCACUUGCACGUACUGAGCACUUGCUCAGUACGUGCA